GAUUUGUUAGAUGAAGCAAAGCAUACGCCCCCUAAGCACACUGUGGGCUAAAAAUGGACAACUCCUUUGUGGAAGAAGUGGCUGCAUCACUGGUGAGAGAAUUUCUCAGUAGAAAGGGUUUGAAGAAAACCAUCACUACCAUGGACCGAGAGCUUCCACGUUCUGCACUUAGCAUCAACAACAGGAACGAGCUUCGAAAUGUUCUACAUCUGCACUCCUUGUACAAACAGAACAAGGCAAAGGAGAACCCACUGAAAACACUUCUUGAAAUUAUUACUAAUUACUUCCUUGAGCACCGUGGGACUUCCCGAAGCAUCAGUUCAAGUUCUACUCUGUCAACUCCUCAAAGUAAGAGCUCAACAUCUCAUCCACCUGACUUCUUGGAUGAAGAUCAUGUGCGUGGGAGUGCCACUAUGCUUGAUGAAAGCGGAACUCAAGCCUACAG